CCGGGCCGGCAGGGGGCGCACGGCAGGCGGAAGCGGCGGCGUUUCCAGGUAACGGCGGCGCGGCCGGGGCCGGUUCCGGUAGCGGGGCCGGUUCCGGGGGAGGAGCGAUGAGCGGCGGGGCCGGGCGGCGGCGGUUGGUGCUACACGUGGACCUGAACAACACAGUGCUGGCGGCGGACGCGGUGUCGGGGCAGGGCCCCCGCGCGGCGCUCAACGCCUUCCUCAGCACCGUCACCUGGGGCCGCGCCGGGGCCGCCGGCGAGUGGGAGUGGGCGAGUGAUCGCCCCUCCCUGGGCCCCCCCUGUCCCGGUGCCCUCAGCUACUACAGCCGCCACGGCCGGGACCCUGCCUUCACCGAGGCGGGCCCAGGCCGGUGCUUCGGCGGCCUCCACGCCCACCACCUGCAGCUGCUAGAGUGGCCAGGCCGGCCGCACGAUGUCUUCUCCGUUCCGGGAGAACCGAACAAGCACUACCACCUGAUCCUGCCUUCUUUUUUCCGCCUGCUUGACGCCCUGCACCGGGAGGGCAGGGUCUUCGCCGUUGUCUUCAGGACCUUCGGCACAGACCUGCCCCGUGCCCUGCGGGCCGUCAGCUGCGCCCUGGCUGGGCAGCACCCCCGGUUCCCCACCCUGCGGGAUGUGGUGCUCCCCGUGGACCUCAUCCCUGGCCAGAUACGCUGCAGCAAGCAAGGGGUGGUGCUGACAAGGGGAGCAGAGCGACUGGCCACCCGGGACGAUGGCAGAAAGCUUUACGAUUACUUCAGCUCCUUGGAGGGAAUUGGGGGCUUCCAAGACCACUUUGGCUGGUGGGCCAGAAAUAAUUUCUCCUCCCAAGGUGGGAAGCCCCUGUGGAUUGACCCCCACGAUCCUGGCAUUCACCACAUCUUCAUCGAUGACAACAUCCGGCUGGACGAUGCAGACACCAUUGUUCAUCCCCAGGUGUUUUCGGAGCAGGGCAGCAGCAGCCCCAGGUGCGCUCCCACCUCAGAGCUGUACGACAUUUGCCUGGUGCAGACCAACCUGCUGGAGGCCAUUGCCGAUGAGGACUACUUCCUGCGCUGCGUGAGGAGGUGUGAGGAGAACUAUGACCGCUACCUGGCCUGCAUGGAGAGGGACACCCCGAGCCAGCAGAGGGAUGGACAGUGAUGCCACCUCGCCGGGCCAAGGGGCACCGGACUGGGACACACCCUGCUCCCUGCAGGCAGAGGUCUGGCUUGGUUUCUGCUUCAAGCUGUCCCCUCUCCAAUGUGUGACGUGCCCACUUGGUCCUGCCAGAAACCUCCACGCUGGAGCACAAGCGUCCUGGGAGCGUGUGCAAUGGGAACUCUGGAGGAAGCAGCUUUCUUUUUCUUGUUAGCGCUGUCAGGAGCUGCCUGCCUGGCUGGCAGGACAGGGGAAACACAAGCAGCCACGCUGGCAUUCCCACACCUCCCUUCCCGCUCCCAUGCCAGUGGCUGGUGCGGAGCAGGUGCCAGGGUAAGCGCAGUGUUACCGGCAGCAUGCCUGAGUGCCGAUUGCGCCAUGGCGUUCUCCCCAGCAGAUCUAGCAAUGCCGUGUCGCUUCUGCCUGUUUUUAAAGCAAACCUUUCUA